GAGAGAGAGAGAGAGAGAGAGAGCAUUGGGCGUUUCUUGCAAAUGGGUUCAUCAGAAUUCUCUCUGUUUCAACAAUCACCUAAAAAAAGAUCAGUUUUUCACAAGGCCCCUUCUCUAAUUGCAGAUGGGUUUCUUUUUGUUGGAGGUGCAUCAAUGGCGUUGUCUCUGGUUUGGGCUCUGCUCACCUUCAUCAACCCCAGCACCAGCAUCGACAACAUCAUCACCUGGAGCACGGGUGGUUGCGGCCCGGACUUGGGCUCCGACCCGUCUGAGCCCACAUUCUACGACGACCCGAAUCUCAGCUACGCAUUCGGGGAAGAACCAAUGAAGGAUUGGGAUUUGAAGCGCAGAGAAUGGCUCAAGCUUCACCCUUCUUUUGCUGCAAGUGAAGAAAAAGUUCUUCUUGUAACUGGGUCUCAGCCAAACGUGUGCAAAAACCCAGUUGGUGAUCAUUUGCAGCUGAGGCUGUUCAAGAACAAAGUUGAUUACUGUAGAAUUCAUGGGCAUGAGAUAUUUUACAACAAUGUUUUGCUGAACCAGAAAGGGACUGGCUUUUGGGCCAAAUACCCACUUCUCAGAGCUUCCAUGUUGGCUCAUCCUGAGGCCGAGUGGAUCUGGUGGGUCGACUCGGAUGCAGUUGUCACAGACAUGGAGUUCAAGCUGCCAUUAGAGAGAUACAAAGAUCAUAACUUGGUUGUGCAUGGAUGGUGGAAUAUGCUGUAUGAGGAGAAGAGCUGGACAAGUCUCAAUGCUGGUGUGUUGUUGAUCAGGAACUGCCAGUGGUCCAUGGACUUGAUGGAAAGAUGGACCAGCAUGGGCCCACAGAACCCAGACCAUGAAAAAUGGGGAAAAGCCCAAAAGUCAUUGAUCAAGGACAAGGCAUAUCCUGGGUCAGAUGAUCAGUCGGCUCUGAUUUACCUCCUCAUAAAAGAGAAGGACAGGUGGGCGGACAAGAUUUACUUGGAGAGUGAGUACAACUUGCAUGGGUACUGGUUGGGCAUAGUGGAUGGGCUUGACAAGAUCAGCAAAGGGUACAUGGAGAUUGACAGAGAGGUGGAUUUGCUGAGGAGAAGGCAUGCAGAGAAGAUGAGCUUGUUUUAUGGUGCAAUGAGAGAGAAGCAUAUGAAAGAUCGAGGCUUUUGGAAAGAGAAUGUGAGGAGGCCUUUUGUGACACAUUUCACUGGCUGUGAGCCUUGCAGUGGAGAGCACAACUCCAUGUACACUUGGGAGGCUUGUUGGAAUGGGAUGCAGAAGGCUUUGAAUUUUGCAGACAAUCAAGUGCUUAGCAGAUUUGGGUUUGUGCAUCCAGACCUACUUAACUCAUCUUUGGUGUCUCCCCUGCCAUUUGAUUUCCCUGCUUGAUUUUGUGAUUUGAUUGUUCAGUUUGUUUGUUGUCCUGCAAUUUGUACUUUCGGGUUUUCAGUAGAAAGUGUAAAUAUGGAAGAAGAAGAGCCUCUUUGUGAGUCUGGCUGCAUUUAAGAUGCUCCUGGAUUAUGUUGAAAAGUUGGGUUCUUGUCAAAUUCUUACAUUAAAAGACACGAGACAGCUCAUGAAAUUUAAGCUCAUAUUGCUUGUCU